UUGUGUAGCAACUAGCGCGACUUUAUGGUCUCUACAGCGGAAUUGAAUGACAUCGAACUUGAUAAGUUGUUGAGAAACGCCAAUUUUUCAGAAUGAACAGUCGACUUCAAGAAAUUAGGGAGAGACAGAAGCUAAGACGGCAGCUUUUGGCACAACAGCUUGGGGCUGAGAGUGCAGACAGUAUUGGUGCAGUGCUCAAUAGUAAAGAUGAACAAAAGGAGAUCGAGGAGACAAGAGAGAUUUGCAGGGUAUCUUUGGACACAUUGGUUCCAGUCACCAAGCGGAAAUGCCAGAUGGAGGGAGAAGAUGUUGAAGAUGAUGUAGUGGAGCACCGGGAUGAGAUGGAACCUCAGCAGCCAGAUGUGAACGGUCCAUAUGAAGAAGUUUACAAAGACUCAAGCACCUUCCUUAAGGGAACACAAAGCCUAAAUCCGCAUAAUGAUUAUUGCCAACAUUUUGUGGACACAGGGUAUCGUCCACAGAACUUCAUCAGAGACGUUGGUCUGGCAGACCGCUUUGAAGAGUACCCUAAACUCCGAGAGCUGAUUCGACUCAAAGAUGAACUAAUUUCCUCCACUAAUACACCGCCCAUGUAUUUACAGGCAGAUCUGGAUGCUUUUGACCUUAGAGAUUUGAAGUGCAAGUUUGAUGUGAUCCUCUUGGAGCCACCCCUUGAGGAGUACUACAGGGAGUCAGGAAUCAUCGCUAGUGAACGCUUUUGGACUUGGGAUGAUAUUAUGAAGCUGGAAAUCGAAGAGAUAUCUGCUCUCCGGUCAUUUGUUUUUCUAUGGUGUGGUUCAGGAGAGGGCCUGGACCUGGGCAGAAUGUGCCUGCGCAAAUGGGGAUUUCGAAGAUGUGAAGAUAUUUGUUGGAUCAAGACCAAUAAGAACAAUCCUGGGAAGACCAAAACUCUGGACCCAAAGGCUGUUUUCCAAAGAACAAAGGAACAUUGUCUGAUGGGUAUUAAAGGUACAGUGCGGCGCAGCACAGAUGGUGACUUCAUCCAUGCAAAUGUGGACAUUGACCUGAUCAUUACUGAAGAGCCAGAGAUUGGAAACAUUGAGAAACCAGUUGAGAUUUUCCACAUCAUUGAGCACUUCUGCCUUGGACGCCGAAGGCUACACCUGUUUGGUCGUGACAGUACCAUUAGGCCAGGAUGGCUAACUGUUGGUCCCACUCUGACAAAUAGUAACUUUAAUGCAGAGGCUUACGAGGAGUUCUUCCAGCUCUCCCACCUCUCUGGCUGCACAGAGGACAUUGAGAGGCUUCGUCCCAAGUCUCCACCCCCCAAAACCAAGACUGAGAGAGGUGGGGGAGCUCAAAGAGGAGGCAGAGGUGGGCCAGCAGCUGUUAGAGGUGAUCGUGGUCGGGAGCGCAAUCGACCCAACUUCCGUGGGGAGAGAGGUGGCUUUAGAGGACGUGGAGCACCCCACAGAGGAUUUCCCCCACGCUAAAAUGACUGCACUAUCGGUACCUUGAACACGGAGUACAAAAAUAAAUUUGAAAAUGUUGAGACUUCCACAAAGCUCUAUACUAUGCCCAAACAUGAUUUUUGUCGUUUUGGAAUUACUUUGCAUUUUCGGGGGUAGAAUUAGCUCUAAUUUUGUCAUUUCCGAUGUUGAAUACUCUGUUUUUAUUUUUAUUUUUAAAAUAAAGUCAUUUACUGUGCCCACUUGAAAA